AUGGUCGAUUCAAUCUCGGUCGCGAAGCUUGUGGUAUACAUCAUACUGCUUCCGCCUGCUCUGUUUGUGUUAUGGAGGCAUGGAAAGCCAGGGUUUCUUGGCUGGUUCUUCGUCCAGUGCUUUUGCAUUCUCCGCAUUGUCACCGGGGCUAUAGGGCUAAGUGGAAUAUCCAGCAACUCCGCAACAGCCACGAUCCUCAACAGUAUUGGUCUCUCUCCCCUCCUUUUGGCGGGGGCGGGCAUUUUGAUAGAAGCACGAAAAGCUACAAAUCCCAGAGUCAACAGGAAGAUGGAGAGGUUAAUGGACAUUUCCUUUCACGCGCUGGUCAUUCUUGCAACGGUCUUGUCUAUCAUUGCCAUCCUCAAAUUACAAGAAUUACAAAUCAUUGAUAGCAUGAAGGCUAUGCUGAAGGCAAGUUCUGCUUUAUCUGCCCUGGCAUGGGCUGCCUUGGUGACCUGGACUGUAUGCUCUUUGGUCUCGCUGCACGGAUCCGGCUCUCAAAUGGAGAUACUUACAGCCCGCGCGGGCAAAACGCUACUCCUUGGCUUAGUUAUUGCAGUAAGCAUUCUCGUCAUCCGCUUGGCCUACGGCAUCGCUUCGCUGCAAAUGCGAGUAUCGGACCCGGCUUCCAGCUUUCCAUCAAACACAACUGCACAGAUUCUUUUAAUGAUCAUCCCAGAAAUACUCGUCACUAUGUCCUACAUCAUCAGUGGCAUCCUGACGGUCUCUCUGAAUGCAGACUUGAAGAAGACAAAACUGCUCUACGCUAGAGCGUCGUCAGAGCUUUCUCAUGAUCUCGGAGCCAACAUUGCCUAA